AUGAGACGGCAAGUACUGCUGUUUCUCUCGAUGCUCUGUCUCAGCUGCGUGCUCGGGCAGGUCAGCUAUUCUGUUCCCGAAGAAAUGGCGAAAGGCUCUGUUGUUGGUAACAUAGCACAUGAUUUAGGUUUGGAUCUUAAAAGGCUGAAAUCAGGCAAAGCUCGCGUCUAUACGGGAGGCAGCGUGGAAUACAUCGGGCUGAAUAAAGAAAGGGGCGUCCUUUUUAUCCAGGAGAGGAUAGACCGAGAGGCUUUAUGUGGAGAGACGACGCCUUGUGCUUUACAUUUCCAGUUGAUUCUGGAAAAUCCAAUGGAACUGUUUCGUGUAACAGUAGAGAUCACCGACACAAACGAUAAUACCCCCACUUUCACAAAUGCAGAAAAACACUUUGAAAUCAGCGAGUCCGCUGUGAUUGGAUCGAAAUUUGUAUUAGAGAAAGCAAUUGAUUCCGACAUCGGGAUGAAUGGUUUACAACAAUACUCACUUGUUUCCAAUGAUAACUUUGUAUUAAAAUCAGGAAAUCAGGCAGGCGUAAGUAAAAAAGUGGAGAUGGUUUUACAGAAGCCUCUCGAUCGAGAAAAGCAGGAACGCAUUUCGCUGUUAUUAACUGCUAUAGAUGGAGGAGAGCCGCAGAUGUCGGGGACAUUACGAAUAUUUAUCAAUGUAUUAGAUGCGAAUGACAACGCACCUGCAUUCGCUAAACCGCUGUAUAAAGCAAAAAUACUAGAAAACUCUCCCAACGGCACCAGCGUAACGACUGUAAGUGCAACUGAUAAAGACAUCGGCGUGAACGGAGAAGUCUCGUAUCUAAUAUCUACCAGCGAACGUCUUUUAUCUGAACUGUUUAAUAUCAAUUCAAAAACAGGUGAACUUUUACUUGUCGGUGAAAUAGAUUAUGAAAAGGCAAAACAUUAUGAAAUUGAUAUCGAAGUUGUAGACAGAGGUGGACUCUCUGAUUCUACUAAAGUAAUUGUUGAUGUUGUUGAUAUAAAUGACAAUAAUCCUGAUAUGAACAUUGUUUCUAAAUCUGAGUCCAUAUUAGAGGACUCACCUCCAAAUACUGUUAUUGCUAUGUUAAGUGUAAAUGAUCCAGACUCAGAGAAUAAUGGAGAUGUAGAGUGUAAUAUAGACGGUGACAUUCCUUUCAAAAUACAAACUACAUCAAAUGGAUUUUAUACUUUAAUUACAGAGCUCGAUUUAGACCGAGAGAUCUCUUCUCAGUAUAAUAUUACGGUGACCUGCUCUGAUGAAGGAGUCCCCUCCCUCUCCAGCAGCGUCACUCUCACCUUACAGAUCUCUGAUGUGAAUGAUAACGCGCCUGUCUUUGAGAGGAGCUCAUAUGAGGCUUACAUUGUAGAAAACAACACACUAGGUCUCUCUAUAUUCACAGUGAAAGCCAGAGACGCUGACUCGAACCAGAACGCCCGUGUUUCUUACAUACUGGAGGACUCCUCUGUUAACGGAGUGCCAGUCUCCUCAUAUGUGUCCGUUAGUGCUGAUAGUGGAGUCAUCCAUGCAGUGCGCUCUUUUGACUACGAGCAAAUCAAAGACUUCCACUUCCGCGUCAAAGCGCAGGAUGGAGGCUCCCCUCCACUCACUAGCAACGUGACUGUGAAAGUACUGAUCCAGGACCAGAACGACAACCCCCCUCAGGUGCUGUACCCAGUCCAGACCGGUGGCUCUCUGGUGGCUGAAAUGGUGCCUCGUUCAGUAGAUGUGGGCUAUCUGGUCACUAAAGUGGUGGCUGUGGAUGUGGACUCUGGACAGAAUGCCUGGCUCUCAUAUAAAAUACAGAAAGCCACAGACAGGGCACUGUUUGAAGUGGGCUUACAGAAUGGAGAAAUAAGAACUAUCCGCCAAGUCACUGAUAAAGAUGAUGUGAAACAAAGACUGACUGUUCUAGUGGAGGACAACGGGCAGCCCUCUCGUUCAGCUACAGUCAUUGUUAACGUGGCGGUGGCGGACAGCUUCCCUGAAGUGCUGUCUGAGUUCACUGACUUUACACAAGACAAGGAGUACAACGACAACCUGACUUUCUACUUAGUGCUGGCUUUAGCUGUAGUUUCCUUCCUCUUCAUCACGUGUUUAGUGGUUAUUAUAUCAGUGAAGAUCUACAGGUGGAGACAGUCUCGCGUCAUGUAUCACUCCAAUCUCCCUGUGAUUCCGUAUUAUCCACCACGUUACUCGGACACUUUGGGGACAGGGACUCUCCAACACGUGUACAACUACGAGGUGUGCAGGACGACUGACUCCAGAAAGAGUGACUGUAAGUUCAAUGGAGCCGGUAGUCAGAACGUGCUGAUAAUGGACCCCAGUUCUACAGGGACGAUGCAGCGGAUACAGAGUGAGAAGAGCAUCCUGGAUGAACCAGACUCUCCUCUAGAGAUCUACAGGUGGAGACAGUCUCGCGUCAUGUAUCACUCCAACCUCCCUGUGAUUCCGUAUUAUCCACCACGUUACUCAGACACUUUGGGGACAGGGACUCUCCAACACGUGUACAACUACGAGGUGUGCAGGACGACUGACUCCAGAAAGAGUGACUGUAAGUUCAACGGAGCCGGUAGUCAGAACGUGCUGAUAAUGGACCCCAGUUCUACAGGGACGAUGCAGCGGAUACAGAGUGAGAAGAGCAUCCUGGAUGAACCAGACUCUCCUCUAGAGGUAAGAAAUAGUUUUCAUCUUUGUUCUUCACAGCCAUCAAACACAAAGAGUGGUACAAACAUUCAUGAUUCUACAAAUAGCACUGACAAUUGAUGCACUUGCAACUGAACAUCAUACUCCAUCACUAUGCAGUAACACAAUUAAAACACAGAUGAGCAGCAGAUACUAGUGUUACAGUGGCCAAACAUUACACAUUGGCACUGAGUUAGAUUAAGGUUCAUCAGAUUUUCCUCAAGCAACAGAUCUGUUCACAGACCUCGCAAACCAUCUAUUGUCACUGAUGAUUGCUUUAUUCAGGCAUUGGUGGACUUACCAAUUGUUGACAAGCGAUCCUGUGUGACAGUGUGAGUGACUUUGUGCUCCAAUAUGAUGUGUUGUAUCUGACUGGGAUGUCAUUAUCCCAUCACUACAGUCUAUACUGGAUUGUGGAAAAUGCCAGUGUCAUACUUGUCAUUGGCAUUGAAUGCUAUGGUAAACCUUUAGACUCUAAUCUAUUUAAAAUAUACAUUUUAGCUUCUUUGUACACAAUCUUUUUCAAGGUGCCAACGCACUUCACAUUUGAACAAGAAGUUAAACAGCUCUUCUUACUAACAGGCUUAAGUAGAGGGAAAGUAUUACCAGAGGAAACUAGCUGGUGAAGUUACCUGUGCGUGAUUGGAAGUUGCAGUGAUUAUACUGCCCAGCACUGUGUCUUGGCUUUUCACCCAUGUGUAUGUGCUCUGGACCACCAUCUAAGUCAAUCAAUCAUAAAAAAAGACAUUACAGGCAAUAGAUAAAAUAUUGAUAUACAGUGGGUAAAGAAAAUACAGCACAAGUACAAAAGAAAUGCAAACCAUGUGAUGCAAACAUAUCAAUAUUAAGAGGACGUCAUAAGCCAACUUGCAGUAUUCUAACAUAUCAGAGGAAAUUGACUGAAACUUAAGUGUUGAUUCAACUCUUUGUUCAUUUUUGAGGAUGUAAUUUGUGGUGUUGGUGUACCGGAUUGCAUUAUAUUGUAAGGUGUUCUUUACACGCUUACUUGCCAGUUGUAAUGCCUAUAGUUAAAACUAAUUCAGCCUAAUACAGUCCUUAAAUAAAUAAUUUAACAAAGGUUAUAAUGUUAAAUUUGUGUUGAAACUGUUUUGGUUAAACUUUUCUAUCAUUAUGGAGGAUGAGGUGUUUCUGUUAAAUAUUCUAUCCCCAUUCAUAUAAAUAGGGGGGACUAAAUAAUAGAAAACCAUACAAGUAAAAGAUUUAACAAUUCAACAGCAUCACACGCUGCAGCCUCCAAAAUGACCUUCAACACAUCUCUGAAACAAUUUCAACAUAACAUUAGAAUAUUUAUAAUAUUCAAAACUGUUGUAUUAGGUGGUAUUCAUUUUAGCUAUAGGUUGCCUAAUCAACUUGAAAUGAGUGUUUAUGUAAUUGAGAUAGAAAACUAUAAAGCUGAUUUAACAUAAAGUGUAGAAUGUGGAAUUAGCACUGUCAACUCACAACAAGUUCAAAUCCCCUGGCUUGCUUGGUCCUUUUUUGUGGAGUUUGCCUCUUUCUGAGUGGGCGUUAUUGUGCUUGUUUGUUGAUGUGUGUGGGCAAUGUGAUAGCCGGAUGACCUAUUCAGUGUGUAACCUGCCUCCUGUCCUGUGAAUGCUGGGAUAAGCUCCAGCCUGAACAGGAUAAGUGGGUAUGGGAAAUAAAUAAAUGGAUAGAUGGAUGGAAUCAUUUUAGUCCAUGAAACUUCAGCGAUUUGUGUUGUAGAUCAACACCUGACAGUGAAAACAUGUAUUGUGAGGCUUAACAUGACAUUUAAAGUAUGAAUGAAAUGCAUGGGUGCUUCCAAAUGUUCACAUCAGAAUUACACUUUGCGUGUGCUACCCAAGUCUUUAUUAUAGAAGGUCUGAUUUUAUUACCCUAAAACGAUUCAUUAUAUAUUUAUUUAUAAUAGAGUUAUAUGCUGCUUUUCCUUGCUGAUAAAAUACAAGUAUGAAUUUAGCAAGCACUAUAUUGCAUUUUUAAUUGUUCAAACUUGAUUGUUUUCAUGUGACAAUCCAUUCUUGAGCUUUAUUUUCUUCUUUUGUAUUCAUCGUUCUUUUCGUGUCCUGUGUUUGCAGCAGUAUCAUCGAAUUAUGUUUUUUAGUCUUCUGGACGAUCACCUCCUGUAUUUAUUCCUGUAUGCUCUAAGAAAAAUAGUACGGAAGUUAAUAUUGUGUUUCUUGGUUGCCUGCUGUCUUGAGGGCGUGUGAGGCUGUCUGCCUCUCCAGCAGCAUGCAGCAGCAGCAGUUGGCCGCCUGUGUGGCGCUGUCCACACGUGUGGUGCUGAAAUCAGCUCAGGCGCUCUCCCCCUCGCUCUUGCUGUCUCUCACACAGCCUCUCUACAUUUCCCUCUGUCGCCCACCUCCAUUUAGAGCAGAUGAGUAUCCCAAAAACGUAUUUAUGGGUGUGUAUGUUUCAUAUUAAUUUAUCUAUGGUGUUACAGAUUAUGUUUCCCUUAGCACCAUUGAAUGUACGCGUUUUGAGCGUUAUUGCUCUUAUACAUAUCAAAGGGAUAUUGCAUGAUUAUGGUUCAUGGUUUUCCGAAUUAUUGUAUUGCCAGUGGUGGACAUCUAUAAAAACGUAAGUGUAACACAUACGCCCAUAAAGCGGAGAGAGAGGGAGAGGGGAAGAGAAAGAGAGGCACCAUCUGCACUCCCCCUCCCUUUUCAUUUGCUCUACAGAUCUCCAUACGGGUAUUUUACGUUGGUCGCUGACAGAAUAAUUUCUCCCGUGCUUGUGGAGAGCUGUGAACACGUACUGACGUAUGCAGGCUGCAUUGGCUUUCUCUGGCCACAGGAAGGCAACGAAGAGCCUUGUCAGCCACAAAGGCAUGUGCAGGAUGCAGUUCGUUACAGGCAGAGUUUGGUUACAGGCAAGAGUAUGGUUUAACACCGUAUAUGAGUGAUCAUUAAAGGCAGUUAUUUAUAGAACAUUAGAUAUAGUUGUAAAUAAGAAUUUGUUCUUAAUCUGUUUCGCCUGGCUAAAUAAAUUAUCCAUCUAUUAUCCACAGCGUUUAUUAAUUAUUAAAUUAAUCAUAUCGUUUUCAUAUUUAUAUUUAUAGUCUUCAAGUACACAUACAACCGUUGAAGUUAAUUGGUGAGACAGUUUAAUGGGUAUAGUCAAAUUAUUUUUUAUAUGAUAGAGUCGUAAUAACUACGAUUAUCUUCCUAUGACUAUUCCAGUGACUAUUUUUACGUCACUGUUCUGUGUAAGCCUACUGAUGCCACCAUUGGUGGAAAUAGCUAUACUGCGUCCACCAAUGAAAUGCAGAGCUGUACAAAGAGAUCUACUCCGUCUCACCGAGUAGCUUCAGCAUCGUAGCCAUUACAAUGUUCUGUACAGGAGAGGAGGGAUGCAUAUGCAGACACAAAGCAUGACUGUCUCUGUGGACGCAUCUACAUUGGAGCAAAGACCUUUUACACUUAAUCAGUUAAGAAGUUGGGAUCGGAGUGAGAAGAUAUGGGAUUUUUGGAACGAAGAAUAAUGUGGAACAAAUUGACUGCAUGGCAGGUGUUUUUGUGGUGGCAUCAUUUCUUUCUCUUGUGGACUAUAACAGAUGGACAGACUAGCUACAGCAUCCCGGAGGAACUGAAACAGGGCUCUGUGGUAGGACAUCUAGCCAGAGAUUUGGGGUUGGUUGUAUCUGAACUGUACCGACGUAAAUUACGGAUAACCUCGGAAGCUGGUAAGCAGUAUUUUAGUGUUGACUUGGGGAAGGGAGAACUGGUGGUGAUUGAUAGGAUAGACAGGGAAGAUCUGUGUGGACAAAGACCGUCCUGUGUGUUCCCUUUGGAACUAGUCAUUGAUAACCCCCUACAGCUGCAUAGAGUCGAAAUUGAAAUUCAGGAUACAAACGAUAAUUCUCCCAGUUUUCUUACGAAAGAGAAAGUAUUGCAAAUUGCAGAACUGGUCAAUCCAGGCGCGCGGUUUCCAUUAGAAAGCGCACACGAUCCCGAUGUGGGCUCCAAUUCUGUACGCUCUUAUCUCAUAAGCAAAAAUGAUCAUUUUAAAUUAACUGUUAAAACCCACAAGGAUGGUAGAAAAAUCCCUGAACUGGUCCUCGAAAAGCCUCUUGAUCGAGAAAAGCUGUCUGUACACAAUCUUAUCAUCACAGCUGUAGAUGGUGGAGAUCCGGUGCGCUCAGGUACAUCUGAAAUUACAGUUAUAGUACUUGACAACAACGAUAAUGCGCCACAAUUUGAAAAGCAGGUAUAUGAGGCUAAUAUCAGCGAAAAUGCCAGACCUGGAAUUGAAAUAGUGCAUGUUAAAGCUACGGAUGCAGACGAGGGACAAAAUGGAGAAAUCGAAUAUUACUUCGCAGAGCAAACUACAGAUUUGAUUUUAUCAUUAUUUGACAUUGAACCUUCUUCUGGAGCUAUUGUGGUCAAGGGAAGUUUAGACCAUGAAACGAACCAUUUUCAUAGAUUUGACAUAACUGCUAAAGACAAAGGAAACCCUAAAAUGGAUGGGCAUUGUGGCGUCGAAAUUAAAAUAGUUGACAUUAACGACAAUAUUCCCGAAAUAAUUGUAACGUCUUUAACAACACCUGUUCCAGAAGACUCUGCAAUCGGAACAGUUAUUGCACUGAUAAGUGCAAAAGACCCAGAUUCAGGGGACAAUGGUAAGAUUACGUUAAGCGUGUCUUCUAAAUCACCCUUCAAGUUAAGUCCUUCGGGGUCUAACCAUUACUCAUUAGUGACGAAAGGGCCACUUGACCGUGAAAUAAAUGGCCAGUAUAGUGUCAAGAUAAGUGCUACUGAUUCUGGGAAGCCCCCAUUAUCGAGUGAAAAAGUUAUACUUGUUGAAUUGUUAGAUGUAAAUGACAACCCACCAGUUUUCUCCCAGCGUUCAUAUGUAGUUUAUGUAAAAGAGAAUCAUGCUCCUGGAAAAAUUGUGUCCUCAGUGUCAGCAACGGAUCCUGAUUCGGGGGACAACGCGAAAAUCUCUUAUUCCAUCUUGGACUCUAAA